AUGCCAUUCUCACAUCACUCACAUUCAGGUCAAUUUUGUAGACACGCUAAAGGGGAUUUAGAGGAUGUUAUUAAAUCAGCAAUUGAUAAGAACUUCAGACUGUUUGGCUUGAGUGAACAUGCACCGAGAUAUAGGAAACAGGAUUUAUAUCCAGAGGAGAGCGAUCUAAAACCAGAAGAUACAAUGUCUAUUUUCGAAGAUUACCUCAGUCACGCACACAAGUUAAGAGAAAACUAUAAGAAUAGCAUAGACUUACUGGUAGGAUUAGAAACAGAUUACGUCACAGAACAGGAUCUUAUCGGUACAGAGGACUUGAUAGCCCGAUAUGAGAAUACGUCAACACCAAUUGAAUACAUCGUUGGUUCAGUACACCAUGCAUUCGAGACACCAAUAGAUUUUGACAAGCAGACGUUUGACAGCGCCCUAGAGACUGCUGCAACACGAAAGAGUCUAUAUAGCGAAUACUACAGUCGUCUUCUCCAUCUAGUCAAGACACUCGAACCAGAGGUAGUUGGCCACAUCGACCUGAUAAGGCUCUAUGAACCAAAUGUCGCGUUAAAUAACUACCCAGACGCUUGGAAACUCAUAGAGGAUAUUGUCAAGCAUGUCGCUAGUUAUGGCGGUUUAAUCGAAGUGAAUGCAGCUGCUAUCAGAAAAGGAUGGGUGGUGCCAUAUCCUGCGUCAGAUAUACUCUCGAUAAUAAGGAAUAACGGUGCUAGGCUUACUUUAUCGGAUGACACACAUACGCCUGAAAAUGUUGGUUUGAAUUACUGGCGCGUAUUCGAGUACUUGAAAUCACAUGAUGUAACCGAUAUUUACUAUCUCGAGAGAUGUGAGAAAGGCACACCAAGCGCAGGAAGGCGUGGCAGGACCAUCGCGAAGAAAUAUGAAGGCAAGUGGUCGACUGACAUCUUCUGGAGUACGUGCAAUCCAAGUUGGAAGUAAAAAAUGUUUAUUAGAGUCUAUAUUAUGCAUUUAUCAUACCAUACACCAGAAAGCUUGACAAGUGCCUUGGCUGCUGAUAGGUUAUGAGAUGAGAGUAUUAAUGCUCAUUUGCCGUUGUGUUUCGAUUUCUGUGACAUUCAGUGGAGUCUGCACACUCGAUGACUUUUCCGUGAUUUUCUCGACGACGGUUAAUCCUGCUUUAGAUUCCAAAUCACCUUCAACAAGCUGGAUUGUUUGUUAGGCAGUCUUCAAGGUUAGCGAACUAGCGAAACCCACAUCGGAAGAAGUUUCAGAGAGUUCUUGUAGAUAUGCAAUAUCGAGUGAGAAGGCCAAAACUGCAAUACUUUCUACCACUAAGAGAUUAUACAUAAUUAGAUUGAUAGCGGUAACAAUUUGGUGAUAUACGAAUAAUGACUUAUAUACCUUAUAAAUGACAACCAAAGCUAUUCCUAUCAAACGUGUAAAUCUGUGAUCCAACAUUUUGCCUGGUUGCGCAAUUGUUUGGUCGGCAUGAUCUUUUGUAUAUCUAAUGCGGCAGAAUACAUGUUUUGCUUCUAGAACAGCAAAUACAAAGUAGUGGCACGCUAUUAGAUACUCGGUUGUUCAUUUAGUUUCAUAGACCUGUGGUGUGUUUACUCACGUAAUCCGUAAAUGGUCUAAACUGUUCUCCUGUUGAACUCCAAUUGUAAUACUCUAUCUAUUUUCUCUGUUAAUAACAGCCUGUUAUUUCUUUCUUUACUUGCAUAAGAUUGCCAUAGACCGUAGAAUAUACCUAAAUGUAUUUAAAAUUAGCAUUCUACAUUUAGUACACUCACCAAAAGUUAAAAAAGCAAGUGACAAACCUAUCUAGAGGCCCGCAAUAGUAUCUGC